CCGCCCUAUACAUAUAAAACUUAGUUGUAGAAUUUAGUUUCGUUUGAUUUCAAUGAAUUCAAUAUUAUAACAAAGUGAACUAUAUGCACGGGGUGGUAAGUUUUUAGAAGCUCAGCGAUCUAAUAUAUACUAACCUGGUUAGAUGAUUGCAGGAAUUUGUCUGUUAGUGUAGAAAUUAAUACGUGAUAGGGGCUUUUUUCUUGUCGUUCUAAAGUUUUAAACAGUGAAUUUUGUUUAUCACUGAAUCGCGACAAUAGUGUUGUAUUUUAAUAGAAAUGAGUAAUGUUUUUCUUCUUUGUGUGUUAGGGUUGGGACGAGCCAACCUCUGACCGACUUUUUGCAUAACCUUUAAUCUUAUCUCGAUGAAGCCUUAAUUCCUCCACUCACCAAACUGAGCUGAUCAGACAAUAGUCAAAUGUUAAUUGUGGUUUUUUCACACCCUCCCAGUUUACUAACAUUGCUUUGUCAAAUAUCUUAGACAAUGUCCGAAUGAAUGUUUAAAAAAUCCGGGCCUAAUUAUGUGCAAUUUUUGCGUAACUCUAGAGACUUUAGCCGCCGUGAGAAGCAUUGUCUUCGCCGCGUGUUCCGUCGCUCGCAGCUUCAGUUUUUCUUAGAUUAGUGUUAUGACUCGGUUAUACAAUGUGUAGGAACUAUGCUAGUGUUACAUUUAUUUGACAAGUGUCACUUUGUUACAUUCUGCAGCGCUUCUUGCAUUCCGUCGCCUGUAACAACGGCACACAUUACCAAUCAUCGCAGAUAGUGGGUUCAGGUCUGUUCUGCAGCUCCGAGGAAUCGGAGGUGCAGUUUGAAAGUACAAGCUUACAGAGUGAUAGUAUUUCAAUAGUCAGUGACAUCUUUGUGAGAAGCUGAGCUUACGGCGCGACCACUUGCGUUCAACAGAAGAAUAUCCAUCAAUUACUGAUCGCAAUGCGGCGAAAGUGGGGAGAGUCAUCGCUAAUCAUGAUCGCACAAGCUGCAGUACUGCUUGUUUUGCUCACCAUAAGUCCUUGUGAAGGCAACCGGAGAACACCUCAGCGUCGAAAGCAGACGGCUCGUUCGGACCUGUACCUGCCGUCACCGAGCGCGGAGAGCCUGCAGGCGCUGGCGCAGGCGAUGGGCGCAGCCGGCUUCGAGUCGUACACUGAGGGCAAGGCCCUGGUCAAACGCCUCAUCCCGGCCGACAGCCAACCGGACCUCGACGUUGUGGAGCAUCAAGGCGUUAUCGGAAAAGCGGGCGUGGACUUCCCGGCGUUCCCAAACAUCCCCAACACAGGGUUCAAUUGCAAGAACGUGCCGACCGGAUACUAUGCUGACUUGGAGACCGACUGCCAGGUAUUCCAUAUCUGCGACACGUCCCGCAAAAUAUCGUUCCUGUGUCCAAACGGCACCAUCUUCAGCCAGUCGCACCUCAUCUGUGACUGGUGGUUCAAGGUGGACUGCGCCUCCGCUCCCGCACUCUACGAAUCGAGUGCCGAAUACUACUCCAGCGAACAAAGAAAAACACACAAGGUCACUCAAAGCCUCUCCAAGAAUUCAGACCUACAGCAAAUCGGAGCUGAUACCAACAUUCGUCCGGAGACCAGAAAAGCACCAACCACUGUACCGAGCACCACCGAGAGACUUUUGAGGCACAGGCAAAGACUUCAGAAUGAUCCAUCCAACGCGAAAGCUACUUCUAGAAGCUUCCAAUCCUUGUUUACAGCUGACAGCAACUUCUAUACCACACAAAGGACUCAAGCUACAACAGCUUUCGAAAAGAGAAGAAAGAAUUUGGUACAACUGAUAGCUAACAACUUUGGAAACACUCCUCGGCCAACUUUGCCAACGUACACUGAAGCUUCCUCAUACCGGACUACAACACCAACGCCUAUUGAUUACAAUAGCAUUAAAGAAAUGCAAGUCGCUGCAGAAUCCGCUUCUUUUGCAAACAAUAAUAACAGACAAUAUUUACAAGAUUAUAACAAAAACUACCGGCCAUACCCAGUAUACACUCCGAAUCUUACAGCUAGAUUGAGCAAAACCAAAAGCAGUCCUACUCUAACUACGCUGUACGACAUAAGAGACAAGAAUCUAGUUGCUCAGGAAUCUACGACAAAGCGACCAUCCUUGGUGCCGUAUACUAAGAGUUACUCCAGCACCAUCAACGAAAGACGUGAGCCGUACACUAGGCCUGGUGUAUCUCUAUUAAAAGAUUUUCUUGAAAAAGAAAAAAAUAAGACAUUAACCACGACUACAGAAAGGUUUGUACAUCCCACUGAAAGAAGUGACAUUUAUACUAGGAAAGAGAAGACAGAUAACAGAAUCACUAUUGAAACUAAGGACACAUUCGAAUCUGCUACCAAAAUACCACACACAACUAGACCUGAUAAUACGUAUUUCACUGAAACCGCAUCGUCUGACAGAUUCGACGUUUACUCCACGACUAAUCAGCUCCCCCAGGUUACAACGGAGCCUUCUUAUCACGAAAGGAGAGAAAGACUUAUGAGAAAAUUAAAUUUGGAUACUUUCGGGGCUACCGAACCGACUGCCCCCACCACGAUUACGGAAAAAUUCUACGGUGAUUUACCCAACAGACCUGGCCUGGUUGUUCCACCUUCUUUGACUCCUAAAACUCUGCACACGCUCGCUAUAUAUUAUGCAACAGCUUUAGACAAUUUGUCUGCUACUACACCAGCGCCAGAAACGGAAACAACCACCAAUGUUUUUGAUGAAUAUGAAAACAUAGAUGACGGAUUACCAGCUUUGUUCAGUCGUCAUACGAUCAAUAAAUACAGUAAUCUGUUUGGACACGGCACAGAUAACUCUGAAUUACUCGAAGAUAUCAAAUUAGAUCCCAAUGGAACGUAUAACGAACUUGCAGAUGAUUUGUCAGUACAACAAAGUCAAAACCCUCUAGCAACUUCGCCUCAAAUUAGAGAAUUGGCACAAGUGUUUACACACGCUCUCUCUGCUUAUCUUCAAGAUCCUGUACAAUUCAGAAAGGUUCUAUCCGACAUAAGGCCUACACAUCCCUCUUUUGGUGAUAUGUUGACUACUACUGAAGAUCCUUACAAUACAGAGCCAACAACGACAAUUAAUGAAGAUGAUGAUGAAAUUUUAGGGUUCUCAGAUGAUAAUAAAGCAAGACCUGCAUUAGCUUCAUUAAGAGACGCAAAAUCUAUAAACAUCGGUACUGAUUAUCCAUCCUUUUCUGAAGAAUACACGACGACUCCUAGAAUAACGGAGGCUCCUUAUACAACGGCUCGCUCAACUACAGCAGCCAAUCCUUUUAGAUGCUGCGGAAGAAUAUCAGCAUCAUAUACAUCCCCUUCAACACCUAAAGAAAUAUCAACAACACCCAUUCCUUACACAAAUACUGUCGCUGCAAAUGUUAACACUCUUGCGAAUAACUACAAUGAUACAUACGGCGCUACUGAAUCAGCAUACAUUCCUAAAUAUGGUGGUUUCCAAAACAACACUGUGCUGCCUAAUAACUCACCUUAUGGUAUUGAAGUUAAUCCAACAAAUGCUAAACCUUUGAAUGAAUAUAUUGAAGCAACGAAUUUACCUACUGCUUGGGGAAUCGACGCAGCCGAUACCACAUCCGUAACUAACGCGCACGGAAAUAUAUUCGAAAGUAAGAAGAUUAGAACUACUACCGCUUUACCGAUCACUACCGCAGUGUAUUUUACUGAAACAGACAGUGUAGAAUUAGAAAAUGAAGAGGAAUUGCAACGAGCGCAUAGUCAAUCGUUUGUAACACCUCAAAGUAAUAACUUACGCCAAGGAAAACAAAUCAGUUACGAAGACAACAAAACAACCGUGAAGAAACCUUCAGAGGAAUUGGAAGCGCCAACUCUUCCAGAUUUCGAUACCACCACUGUGCAAACCACCCAACCUACUACGAUUUAUUCCGAGGCACUUACUACAGCGGCACCCAUCUCUAGUAGUUCGUUUACAUCCCCAGAUAGUGAUAAAACUACUUAUCAAUUCCAAUGGCCCAGUACUUAUGAAAAUUGGCAAAGUACUGUAAUUGAUCCGAUCACCUUAAAUGACAAUCUGAGCCCCUCGGCACAGGAGCACGCCAAACAAACCCACAGCUGGACAAAUACAGCAACUACCGUUUCUUCUGAAUACACAGGAACAACAAGUGAACCAAUUUUCUCGUCUUCUGAUGCCAUUGAACUGACCACACCGGGAAACAAAAAUGACGACAGACUGAGUAGAUUGCUCCGCGAUCCUACGUCUACUGAAGCUGCCCAGGACUUAACGACUAUAACUGACACUGUGGUUGAAAAAGCAAAGGAAAUAAUGGGAGGUAUGAACGCCACGACGACCGAGAAACUCAUGAACGUGAUGAAGAAAACGAAAUCAAAAACAGUAAGAAGACUAAUACUUCUCCUAGUACAGACAUGCGAUGACGACCAUAACACUACAGCUGAGGCCUCCAAAAAGGCGUUAUUAGAAGCACUUAUGGCAGUGUCACAAAAGGAUAUGGAUGAAAUUGCUAAAGAGGAGGGGAUCACAGAUAUUCCAACGACAGUUGCGGAUUACGAAAUUACUAAAACAAGCGAUACCCAAAGGAGAACCGAUAAGGUUUUAGACAGACAAGAAAUCAGAGGACGACAAACCGACAGAAGAGGAAAAAGUUUGAAUAUCGACCCCAGCGCUGUAAAUUCUUUAUCGAACCCAUCUACACCGGAAAAUAUUAAACAAAGCGAAAUACUGGAGACAGCUUCAACCACGCAAAGUCCUAAAUUAACAACGAAUUUCCGUAGAGGCGCUAAGAAAUUUUUAACUAGAAGUACAACCACCGAGCCUACCGUAACUAAGGAGGUGAUUGUCGAUAGUCCUAAAGCCGAAGCCAGGACCGCGGCGCAGGGCUCCGACCUCAAGACCUCCGCCGACACGAGGGCGCUCGAGUUAUUACGAUCGCUUUACACGAUUGCAGCGCGGUGGGGUUGACAUCACUACAUGUAAAUUAAUGAAUUUAAAAUUUUAUAUUUAGGGGUUGUUUUGCUCAGUACAAACCCUAAAUAUAAAUAAUUGACAUUGUAAAUGUGAUUUUAUAGUUAGCUAUUUGGGACUUGCAAAAUUUUAAGCCAUUAUGUUAUUAAGUAACGUCAUAAUUGUAAUUGAAAUUAGAUGCAUUUGUAUAUUCUAUAUACAAACAUAUAUCUUAUAUACAAAUGGGUUAAGUAUACUUGAACGUUGUUUAAACACUUGUUAUUACUGGUAUCAAAAUCAAGAAAUCAACAAUACUUAUUACUUUUACAAUUAGUUAACUUAUUACGUUGUUAUUGAAACUAGUUCUUAAAGACUUACCGCUUAGUAUAAAAGCCUGCAAUAUUUUCUCAUGAAAUGGAAAAUAGCUGUAAUAACAUACUGAGUUACCUACUUUAUUUGUAUUUAGUUUUAUCAUAUUGUUACACUGCCAAUUGAUUUUAUUGUAAAGUAAUUGUAAGUAGCCUACUUGUAGAUGUAAUAUAUGAUAG